UAUCAUUCAUAUCUCGAUGUUUACAAAAGUCUCCUAAUGGUUUUAUUUCGUUAGUUUAUCUACAUGUAAUUUGAAAAGGAACUUAAAUAUGUUUGCCACAAAUCUACAUUCAUUCACACUACAAUGCAAGCUAGCAGCGUGGAUUUUGCGCAUGCGUAGCUGAAAACCCAGCAACAGAAUAGGAUUUAUUUUCUCUGAUGGUACAUCAAGGCAGUUGGAAGUCCUUUUUGUGUCGUUCUAAACGAACCGAAGAUUCUAUGUCACAUCAGGUUCCUACAAAAGUGUUAACUUCCAAGUGGAUGCAGACAGAUGUUCGGAGAAAGGACAGAUGGAUUCAGGAUUAAGAGCAUACCAGGCGAAUUUUAGCUUACAUUUACAAAGUUCUGCUCUAAACUUUAGCAAAUAAACUCAGUUGGAUAAAAUUGCAAGUGAAACCGGAAAGAAGAUCGACCCCCUUCAAGUUACCGAAGGUUUUCUCAUCCUAUCUAUCGCCUGAGUGCAAGCCGCCACCACAAUGCGCCGCCGUUUAAGUACUUAUCUAAACCGACCGUCAACUGGCGGACAACAAACCUCUAGUAGCAGCCUCGAUUUGAGUGCCAUGCCAAUUCAAGAUGAGACUGAGGAAAAGGAGGAAACUUAUUUUGGUUCAGAAAUGGCGUUCGACGAAGUUUCGUCUCCAGUUUUAGCAUACAAGUUUUCAGGACAAGAUUUCGAUCCUGAGAAAUAUGUCAAAAACCUUGUUUCAACAUGUGAUGUUAAACGCUCUCUUGUGGAGCACCGGAACAAAAUCCAAACUCUGAGUGAUGAAACUGCAGUUUCCAUGAAGAAGAAUGUUUAUAGAAACUACAGACAGUUCAUUGAUACAUCAAAGGAAAUCUCUUACCUGGAGGCUGAAAUGUACCAACUAAGUCAUAUGCUUACAGAGCAAAAAACUUUGAUUAAUGAUCAAGUUGAGAUGAAUAUUUUUGACUCCAGCAAAGAGAAAGAAGAAACAAUAGAAGAUGCAGUUGAAAGAGGACAAAAUAAGAGAGGAGCCAAAUUAUCAGAAAUUAUUGCAGGAUGUAAGGACAUAAUCGCAAACAGAAGAUCGCCUGACAUCAUCCGGCAAGGUUCUCUGACUGGAAUCGACCCUGAUUCUUAUGCCACAUUAUCCAAAGUCGAAUUGUUCAUUCUUGAAGAUUAUCUUGUGAUUGCUUUCCAAGAGCUUGAAAGGGAUGCUCCAAAGAAAUACAAAUUUAACACAAUGUUUGACUUGAAUGAUGUUGGGAUUGUUAAUGUCAGAGAUGGAGGUGGUGUCAGAAACUGCUUCAAAGUCUUGCAUGGCUUGGAUAUAUGGAUGUUUGGCGCAGAGAAUAGAGAAACCAAACUUCAGUGGCUAGAAGCACUUCAAAAUGCAAAGAAAGAUUACCGGAAAGUCGAGUAUAUACCACCGUCUCCACAAGUGCAGAAAAGAAAAGCACCUGCACCUCCACCAAAACAAGAGACAAAACCUGAAGAAAAAAAACCUGAUAAUCAAGUUCCUGAUUUACUCAACGUUGAUUGGCUGAUCGAGUUGCCCGAUGACCUAGAUAUGUGCAUAGCUCAAAGAAGUUUUGAUGCAGCAGUUAAGCUGGUCGAAAAAGCCAACAGCUAUCUCCAAGAUUUCCCGGAAACUACAGGCCUUAAGGAUUAUAAAGAACGUAUAAAUCGGCGUGUCAAGGAGUUGAUUGAGGCCUUAGAGCAGUCCCUGGAUAAUUCUACGACCAUGCGUCAUAUCAGUUUGCGAUCAAUAAGACAGUACAUAUCUCUACUGAUCAGGCUUGGAAGAGCGAAACUGGCCUGUGAAUUAUUUUUGAGAAAUCGAGGAUUUGCAAUGAAACACAGCAUUAGGCAGUUGAAAAUUGAAGGCUCGACGGUGCUUUAUAUAACGAAGCUGGCAAAUGUAUUUUUCACAAGUGUUGUUGAAAAUGGAAAAGAGUUUCGUCGAAUUUUUACCAAAAAUUCGAGUGCAUCAGCUUUCGUUGUAUGGGCGCAUAAGGAACUGCAGCAUUUCGUGUCUUUGUUUGCACGACAAGUGUUUUCAAGAAAAAGCAGCCUGGCGGCGAUUGCUGUAUGCAUUGAAAUUGCUACGAAACACUGUAAAAAAUUAUUGACCAUCGGCAUGGACCUUGCAUUUGCUAUGCAUCAUAUGUUUCUGAAGCAUCUCAUGGAAGCAAUGUUUGACAACAGGGACCAGUUGAUCAGCAAGGCUAAGCACUUGGGAAGUGAAGAGUUGUGGAAACCUACGGAUUACACAAACAAUGUUGACGAUCUGUAUACUGUUAUUGGAGAACUGGAGUCCUUAGGAGUUUCUGAUGCAUAUAGCUAUGGUACCCAUCAGUUAUUGCUCAGCAAAUCAGUCGCUGGCUUUACGAAAGGUCUUCUCAUUUACUUUGAAGACGGCAUGAAACUCUACACUCCGCAGCUACACAACGUAUUUAUACAAUGCUUGACAGAAAUAUUUAAAACCCAAGCUCUGCUACUCGAAUUUACCAUAAAAUCUGAUCGAUUCAAAGACGAGCUCGAAUUCAUCUCAAAAAACAUCAAGUUCGUUUUCAACAAUGUACUGCCUAUCAUAGAGCGGAAAAUUGAGAAAAAAGUUGGUCACCCGAUUGAUGUUUUGAAGGAGUUACACGAAGAACUUCCAAGACUGGAAAAAAUUAUUUCUAUUAAGCAAAAACGCAUGUAAAUAUGUUAAAACUUAAAUUUUUGGGUGAAUCUCUUUGGGCAUUUUUUCUAAGAUUUGCCGAAAAAGAUUGGCAGGAGUCACACAACUGAUCCUUGCUAUACCUUAAUGAAUUAUUAAAAAAAUUGUAAAUUAUUUCAGACAUUUAUUAUUUGAGAAUACUCGAAAGAAAUUUCUUGCUUUAUAAUCAUGUUCACUUGUUUGCUCUUUGUCAUUAGGGUAUUAUGAAUUUUAUAAAUUUAUGUGAAGGUGUCCAUUCGGCAUUGUUACUUUGCUUGUAUGGGGUCUUGUCCUUUCAUAGUGUCUGUGGCCUUUUCUUUUUAGUGAUAAAAAACAGUAGGAAAAAACCUCAUUUUCUAAUUUUGUAUGAUUAAUAUGGUGUUUGACAGUUUCAAGAAGUUCUUGCAAUCUUUAUUUGUUCCUGCUUUCCAGAAGUUUAUAGCGAAGAUUGACAUUUAAUUUCUAUGAAAGUCUAUUUCGUUACUGAUAUUCAUGACAAGGUUAGGGAUCGUGUGUCGGCUGUCUCCUUGAGUGGUAUAUGCAAAAACUGAGAUACAACUUUUUGUUUUGGAGGCCAGCCUUGAUGAAUAAAUGUACAACAGCCAUAUUUUACAAAAUAACAGUAUUUUACUUACGCUUAUUAAGAUUUUUGGGGGGUUCAGGCCCAACGGUAUCUUGGUCCUUGGGUAUUUGCAGUGUAGAACAAGCGUUUUGCACCAAUUUCAAAAGUUAACAUGUUUGUCUCUAGUGAAAUCUCUCAUGGUCCAUUGCAUUUUUAAGUUUUGCGUACAUAGUUUUUGCAUUGAAUUCUGAAUUCUGUUAAUGGACUAAAGAAAUCUGUUUCUGUAUUCCACGUCCAUUGAAGGCAUUGUCUCUCUGGAACAUGAUUCAAUUCGAAGUUGCAUUCAAAUGGAAGAUUUCGUUUACAAACGAAAAAUGCCAGUCAGUUCUCGUCUCUUGGGAAACUGGCCCUUUAAAGUUUAAAGCAGACGUAUUUGCUGAUUUUCGUUCAAUGCUCAUACGGAAAACAGCCUUUCAUUGGAAGGAAUGCAUUAUGAAAGAGUACAGUGCCAACAAGAAAACAGUCUGAAAUAGCGUUGUGGGAUACCGACAAAUAUCCAUUCUGCAAUCUAUAAAGUGAAGUUUUUACCACAGAAAAGGUUGAGACAAAAAUAUGAGCACAAGGAAUUUGUAAGGUAAGUUAUUAAUUUUUAAAACUGUCCUCCGACGUUUUGUGGACUUUAACUUUAUAAACUUAUUGAGUACUUGUCGAGUUCGGUGGUACAUAAUCUUCGUACACGCGUCCUGCUGAAUGAGUAUCCUGACCCUGGUCCGCUGGUGGGUUAUGCCAAAAACCCCUCCAAACCUAUUGAAGGAAAAGUAAGAUUACUUUUUUCCCCGGCAGGUUCAAUUCUAUAAAGCCCUUUAUACCAUGCGAGUUCCAAAAUGAUUUUCAACCCCUUUAUCUCUGACAUAAUGGGUGCCGCAACACACCCUUAUAUCUGAAAAUUUUCGUAUGUCACACCCCUUUUCUCAGACUCAAAAAUUUUUAUAUUAAAUCAGCCCCAUCAUUCUGACAAUUGAUUGAUGAAAAGUAAAAUGUAGAUUGCCUCAAUUACUGACUCCAAUAAUUAGAAAAAUAUAAGUAUAAUAAUUAAACAAUGUUCAUUUUGGUGCUGAAAAAACUUAUCAUCAGUUUUGAUGCUAAUGAGCACCCAAUGUGCAACUCAUGCCAAAGACAUGUCAAGGCAAAGUCAGAACUGAGUUUAGAAUCUUGUUUCUUUCAACUUUUUUCUUGAUCGAAGGAAAUAUUUAACAAUUUUCUUUCGUUUAUUACAAUUGAAAUGGGUGAUUUGAGAGCACGUGUAUAUGCCCUGUCUGUAAGAUUCAACACCCUUCUUUGAUCAAAUACUUCUACUGCAGCUUCUGUAGUGUUUCUUGGCUUCUCAACAGCUUUAUCGUGGCAAUUUAUGAUAAGGGAGUUAAGGACGUUUACAAAUAACACGAUGAGCUUAGCAUACACUCGUUUAUUAUAAGAAGUUUUGAGAAUUUCUAGUAGUGAAAGAUUCUUAAUUUUAUAUUGAAUAAAAUACUCGUAGUUAUUUAAAAAAAUCCCACUUUAAUGUUUUCUGAUCAGAAAUUUCAAGUUUCUUAUCCUCGUAUUCGAGUUGGAAACAAUUGAAAAAGGGGCUAAACGAGCUAGAAUAGCGAAGAUCGAUUUUUGAGUUUUUUAAGGAGUAAAUCGAUAGAAACUCUGGGAGAUGUUUUAUUCAAUAGACUUUUUUCUUGAAGAUAUUUCGUUAAUGUAGUGGAAAUUGCCUCAAACACGCGUUUAAAGCCUUGUCUGAGGACUUCCCCAUUUUACGGCAACAGCCCCUUCUCCAUAAUAUUACGGCGCUCCGCACCACCCGACCUCACUUGUUGAGACGUUC